UGUGUGUGUGUGUGUGUGUGCAUCCUAGAGGGCAUAGCAGGGGAGAGAGAACGGAGGGGUGGGGGAUCACAGAUGAGGACAGACUAGAGGGAGGUUCUAAUAAAGGGGAAAAAGAGACAGACCGGAGACCAGCAGGGAGAGAAGGAUACAGGAGAAAAAAAAAGAGAUGAAAAACAGAGGAGACGCACAGGAAGCAGGGUGAAAGAAAUGCGCAAAGAGGGAUGGGAAGGGAGGGAGAGAGUGAGGGAGAGAGUGAGUGAGGGAGGGAGGGAGGGAGGGAGGGAGAGUUCGAGUAGAACAGCUGUACGGUCAAUAUCCUGCGCACAGUUGUGAAUCGGUGCAACAGAGCAAGUGCUCUUUCGCCUUGUUCCUCCUUUCCCUCUCCCUCCUCUCCUCUCCUCUCCUCUCUCGCUCGUUCGAUCGUACGCAGGCGGCCCCGUAGAAUGGAACUGUAGAGAAUGGAUUUCAACAGUCUUCAAAAGAGGCUCCUCUGUUAAUAGCACCACAACAACCGUCCCCACAGUUAGGAUGUCUGGGUUGGAACUGUCAGCUGCUGAGGAACUGAAUGGAACAGUGUUAGACAAGGGACCCUUUCUGAAGUUGUCCCCGACCUCUGUCUCCACGGCGGCUGCCGCUUCGUCAAAUCACCCAGAGAAUGUCUACAUUUAUGUGUCCAUCUUCCUCAGCCUACUAGUCUUCCUGCUGAGCUUGCUCAUCAUCGCCCUCUACAGGCUGAAGAACAUCAUCUCCUCCAGCUCCUCGUACCCCGAGUAUGCCAGUGAAGGCGGCAGCUCCUUCACCAACAUGGAGAUCUGCAGUCUGUCCUCACAAAGGUCAACCGUUUCCUCUCUGUCGUCCUGAAGGACUGCUACGUGUCUGUGGACGUAGAGAUACAGAUACACAACCAUACGUGCACACAUGCACACAAGAACACACACACACACACACACACACACACACA